CUGCUGUAUUAAAGGGAACUCAUUCACGAUAUAUGUCAGAUGUUAACUUUCAUUUCUGAGAAAGACUUCACAUUUCUCUCUGCCUGACCUGAUAAGAUGAGGUUCUACCUGUCUGUUGUUUUCACCAUUCUGGUCAUGGCUGCGGACCACACCCGUGAUUGUGAACCACUUACCGAAACAGUGAGACUACCCUCAGUCAAGGUUUCCAAGGAAAUCAAAGAAACUCAGAUCUCGACCGUUGCUGAAGAGCCUGCUCCAUCAGCUCAGAUUGCAUUUCACAAGGCAUUGAUUGAUGGCAGCACCUCGAGAAGUGAUUCUCACGUCCCUCCAUACACCUUUGAUGACAACCCCAACCUUGAGUGGCAGUUGUUUAAUGGGUCUCUUCCCAACGGAGCAGUGGGCAUCUGGAACAGUUACACAAAUCGCUAUGACUAUGUGUGCAGAGCAUAUGAUGGUUGUGAGAGCGGAUUCUACAGCAGUGACUUUGGUAAAUGCUUGUUCCCAAGUUACCCUUUGUUGUUGAUUACUCAGAGUUUUUACAUCCUCGUAAACAAAGACGACUUUGUAUUUCUGGAGUGGAAAUGGGGAUCAGGUGGGUCUGUUCCCCAAAACUCAAUCAGGACAUGUUUUUAA